AUGAAGAACAUAGAUCAAUGUGGUUGUGGAUCCUCUAUACUUUCUGCUCUUGAUAUCUUACAACCACCACACAUAGACUUCUUUCAUGAAAUCUAUGUGGUAACAGAACUAAUGCAGAGUGAUCUACACAAAAUCAUAGUCUCCCCGCAACCGCUUACAACAGACCAUAUCAAGGUGUUCUUAUACCAAAUACUCAGAGGCUUACGCUACCUUCACAUGGCCAGAGUAAUCCACCGUGACAUCAAACCUGGGAACUUACUUGUAAAUAGCAAUUGUGUCCUCAAGAUCUGUGACUUUGGUUUAGCCCGGGUUGAGGAACCUGAUGAAGAUACACACAUGACGCAAGAAGUGGUCACUCAAUACUAUCGAGCUCCUGAAAUCCUAAUGGGAGCGAAACACUAUACCUCUGCUGUUGAUAUCUGGUCCGUUGGCUGCAUUUUUGCUGAGUUGCUUGGAAGACGAAUAUUAUUCCAAGCCCAGGGCCCCAUCCAACAGCUUGAUCUCAUAACAGAUUUACUUGGUACUCCGAGUUUGGAAGACAUGCGAACAGCAUGUGAAGGAGCCAAAGCACACAUGCUUCGUCAGCCACAUAAACCAAAUUCUUUCACUGCCCUCUACUCCUUGUCUAGUCAAGCGACUCAUGAAGCUAUACACCUUGUCUCCCGCAUGCUUGUUUUUAAUCCAGACAAACGAAUAUCAGCAAGCGAUGCUUUAUCUCAUCCCUACAUAGACGAGGGUCGUCUGCGAUACCAUUCCUGUAUGUGUAAGUGUUGCCACAAUGGCCCCUCCACCCGCCAAUACACCACAGAAUUUGAACCCUCCUGUCACCAGCCUUUUAACUACGACUUUGAAGACGACUUGAUAUCUGUGCAAAAGGUCAAAGAAAAAUUGCAUAAAUUCAUAGUGGAACAGCAGCAGCGGAACAAGAGGAUCCCAUUGUGUCUGAAUCCCAAUUCAGUUGCUUUUAAAACAUUUGCUAGGUAAGCGUCCGGCCAGCCCAGUGGCCUGAGCAUUUGUACAAAAUAGUGUGAAUCCUUAAAACUAUCAAUGCAUUUCAGAAAAGAAGAAAAUGAAGAAAAAACAAACACAAAGACAUAACAUAAUUCAUAAUUAAGUGGAAACCAAGUACAAGAAAAAAAAAAGUAUAUAUACACAUAUUCACACGUUUGUGAGUGUGUGGUGUGCACAUACAAACAUAUAUACACAUAAAUGUUUGUGUGUGUGUUUGUGUAUAAUAUAUAUUUGCUCCAGUAUGACCAUGGCCAACAGGCUAUAGUAAAUGAGCAUACGUACAUCUAUGUGUACAUAUGUAUUUUUCUUUGUGUGAGUGUAUAUUUACAUAUACUUGUAUAUAUAAGCAUAUGUGUGUAUAUAUAAGCAUAUGUGUGUAUAUAUAUAUAUAUAUAUAUAUAUAUAUAUAAUGUGUGUGUAUAUAUAUGUGUGUGUGUGUUCAUGCUUUAUCAUCAUUUCAAUAUCCACUUUACCAUGUGUUCAUAUGGGUCAGGAGUUUAUUGAGGAAGAUUUUCUAUAGCUGUAUACCCUUCCUGUUGCCAUACAGUUGUGUGUGUGUGUAUAUAUAUAUAUAUAUAUAUAUAUAUAUAUGUAUAUACAUCCAUACACACACACAUUCGUGAAUAUAUAUAUGCAUAUGUAUACAUAUACACUCACACACAGGCAUACAAAUUUUAUAUAGGUGUAAUUUAUAUAUGUAAUAUAUAUUAAAUAUACUGCAUCUUUGUGUGAGUGUGUAUUUAUAUAUAUAUAUAUAUAUAUAUAUAUAUAUGCAAUUUGUGUGAAUAUGUAUGUAUAUGUUUAUUUAUAGAAGUGUAUAUGUUUUUAUCUGUAUGUUUAUAUUCGUGUGUGUAUAUGUUUGGAGGGAGAGAGUGAGUUGAGAGGGUGUGUGAACAAGGCUUUUUGCCAGUGGAUAGGAAAAGAAAGGAGUAAAAAAUAGUGUAGUAAGAAGAUGGAAAUACUACAAAAUAACUCUGUUCCUUGUGAACUGUUGGCCCCUGUUUUUAUUUUCACCACCACUACCACCAUUUGUAAUCUUUCAUAACUACUCUGAUCACCUUUGCUAUUAUCACAACCAUCACCACGGUCCGAUGAGCAGGAUGGACGUACUUGACCUACUAAAAAUAACACAAACAAGAAGAAACAAUGCAUUGGAGAAUGUGGAUAUAACCAAAGAAAGAUAAGUAUUGGUACCAUUGCGAAUAGGGUUUCAUAGAUUAGGGGCUGGAUAAUUAUGUUGCAAUUCGCAGGAACUCAGACACUAUGUCACCACUGCGAUCCACCCACCCCACUCAAUUCAUCACAAAUGUUGUUGUUGCUGUCAUUAUCGUUUAUCACUAUUUUAUUUAAUCAACAAUUGUCAGGAUGGAUGGAGAGAGAUGGAUUGUUACAGUCUUGCCAAAGAAAUGAGAUGUUGUAAUGAAGACAGGGGCUGGGUGGGUGAAAAGCCCAACAAAAGUUGAAAAAGAAAGAAGGCAGAAAACAUAUUGAAACAAAAACAGUUAAAGUUGACAAGAACACAAAAUUUGGAAAAUUCUUCUAAAAAAGGGACAGAUGGAUUGUAUUUUAGAGUGGGGCCAAUGAUGUUGAAACAAGGCAUUAUUUUGGUUUUUAGAGAAAGAAAAAGAAACUUAUGGUGAAAAAUUAAUUAAUAUAUAAUCAAGGUCCACUUUGCCUUUCGUCUUAACAGGGUCAAUAAAAUAAGAACCAGUUGAACACUUGGGGUUGAUGUACUCAACUGACUCCUUCACACGAACUUGCUGGCCUUGUGCCAAAAUUCGAAAGCAUUAUUAAGAUGGUGAGCUGGCAGAAUUGUUAGCAUGCUGGCCAGGAUACUUAGCAGCAUUCUGAGUUCAAAUCCCACUGAUGUCAACUUUACCUUUUAUCCUUCCAGGGUCGAUAAAAUAAGUACCAGUCAAGUACUGGGGCUCGAUGUAAACUGACUUUCCCCACUUCCCCAAGCUUGCAGACCUUGUGCCAAAAUUUGAUACCAAUAUAUCUUAUGUCUUAGACCUCAUUAGGACAAAGCUUAUCCUGGCUUCUGAGGUGUCAGACAACAGAGUUGAAGGCCUCAACCGCUGGAUAGGAUGCAAGUCCAUAAAAAGUUAAGUCUCCAGCUGCUAGUAAGAUCAGCCACUUGUAGAGUAAACUGGAACAAUAUUAAAUAACAUUGCACAAUGGAGACAAUGUAGCACAUGAUGUGGGAAGUGAACACAAUGGCCUUAUGGUCAUGUGCCCUCUAACAAAAAGGCUUUAUGCCUUCUCUCUCUAUAUAUAUAUGUGUGUGUGUGUGUGUAUAUAUGUAUAUAUAUUGAUGUUCAUCUUUAUGUUUAAUUAUAAUAAAAACAAUUUUACAUUAA